CGUCAUGACCGCGCCUACACACGUGGGAGGUUUGUGUACCGCGAUAGAAAACGAGAGAGCGAACAAGAGGGAGGAAACUUGACCAAGGGAACUCGCAAUCAACAAGUCCACAUGCCUGAACGAAUUUUUCCUAGUCACCCUGUUGAAGAGGCACGAAAAACAAAACGUUCGAAGGCUCCGUUCGAACAUGUUAGAGCCGAGGCGAUGAACGAAUUUCCCAAGAUUUUAUCGAAGCAAAGUAUCGAACGGGCGAUCAAUGUGGAAUCGUCCGGUUAAGCGAUGACGAAGAUUCUCAUCGAAUGGACAGUUUCUCCACUGAAAAAUAAUAAUCGAAAGUGCGAAUGUUGUGAAGUGCGAAAAGUUCGAAACAAUCUUUGGCGCUUGGAAUUCCCGGAUCCUCGAGAGCCAACGUCCGAAAUUUCGUUCGUAAAUUCCUCGAAUAUCGUCGGGACUCCACAAUCGUUUACCAAAAAAUCCCACAAAAAUGCAGGAGCCACGAGCCGAGUGUCCGCUCUUUUCCCACUCGUCGAAACUUAAAAAUAGGCUUUUGCCAGUUUCACUCACGCUCCAGCUGAUAUCUCGCAGUCUCACCAGUGAAUUAAAUAUCGUGCCAAUUUUUUCUCUCCCCAAUCUCUUGCAUCGAAAAUUAACGACCCGACAAAAGUUUGCCCUCCGAACGCAAUGAAAUCGUUUUUUCGAUAAAAUAAUAGACACCAAACGCUCGUUUAAAAUCGUCGAUACUUCGUCACAACUUUUCAGUUCAAAAGAGCCAAAAGAACUUUCAAUUACGUGCCGGUGAGGAGGAGAAUGCCAAAGCCGACCCCUUCGACGGUGAGAAAUGGAAAAAUUAAAUAGACAAAAAAUUUGUACGAAAAUCUUAAUGCGUUCUGUCUGAAAGAGUGAAACAUUCCCCCAGCAAAAAAUCAACCUCUUCGACAUGACAGACUGAGAAAAUGUGCGUGAGCGAAAAUUUCUAAAAGAAAAAAAAGUAAAACUCAAAUUUUUUAAUCUUAACGUCAAAGCUCAUUGAUUUUUGAAGAUCGAUCAAGAAUGUCGAUAUUUUACAAGAUUUUUAUAGGCGUCAGUGUUAUUUUGGGCGUAGUUUUUCUCGCGGUGUUAAACGGUAACAAACUGAGUCUCGAGACCAAAAGGAACGCUCUGUUGUUAGAAAUAAUUGGCAACGUCAGUCACGGGCUCGACAAAUUGGACACUGGUUUGGAGAGCAUCAUGACUGAGACGAGAGUGGCGAAAGAGCGAAUCCAUCGACUGGUAGCGAUGCAUCGUGAGAGUCUGGCUUGUGCUGCGCGUCUCCGGAACAAAAGAUUGGAAAUUCUGGCGAAGCCUUCGUCGAGAACUGGUGGAAAUGAGCGGCGGAAGGACACGUGACGAAAAUCGACUGUGAUAAAUAUCGUGUAGCGACGAGAGCAAGUAAAUGAGCGAGAAAAAUUGAAAAAUUCUUCAAUAAAUGUCUACAAUUCGAAAAAGUUCAGUAAAGCCCAAAAAGAAUCAUUGCAAAUGCCAAAAUCAGAGUUUCGAGGGAGAACAGAAUUUUUGAAAUUUCAUAUUCAUCGAAAUUUUUCUCAGGCUCUCGACCAAAAUCACUUUCAAUUAUUCCGAAUUACUGUCAUUUUCGUAUUUUGUGACUCGCUAACGAAUCCAGUCGUUCUUAUCAAGCCAUUGAAUUCUGUGAUUUUCUAGUCAAUUCAUUUUCAAGUUCGAACACUUUCUUACCAAUUUAUACCGAGUAAUCAGAAUUUUUAAAAUCGAAAAUUACCGAAACGUCAGCCAAUCGAUGUGACAAGCAACUUGAAUCGUUACUUUUUAAAUGUAAUUUGAAAAAAAAAAAAAAAAAAAAAAAAACACUGAAAAUUUGAAUGGAUCAAUUAUCGUCUUUCACAACGUUAACGAAUGAUGAAAAACGACACGAAGAUUGUUCAUUCAUCUAUAAACUAUAAUCCAAAGGAUACGUCAAUUAAUGAAAUAUUUGUUAACGAAAUUAUCGAGUACGAAGUACCCUUAGAAGGUUUUAAGAUAAUCACAAAUAUCACGAAUCCUCGGACCACGCAACAAGUACACGCGAACGAAGAAAGCUUCAAUAACGUUCGUGUGUAAUCUCGACAAUCACAAAGUUAGUUCUAUCCCCUAGAAUAUUAAAAAUAAAAACCUGACACACGUUAGCCUUGCCAAUGAAACAUUGUGCAAUAUAAUGAUUAAGGAAACAGCACCAACUACAAACGUCAAAGUAUAAUUGAAUGAGGAAUCGCGCACCGAACGAGGAAAAAGCGCGGAGAGACUCGUGCGCGAAUAAACAAGACGAAAAAGCGAUAAUAAACGCUUUCGGAUAAGUCGGAAAUAAAAAAACAUUGCGGAACAUCGUAGUCUCCGUGAGAGCGUAAGCAUCAUUGGAACGUCGCGAUGACAUAAAUGCGAUAAUUGGAAGCUCGAAGAAUGUAACUUUUGCGAAAUCGGGCGAGAAAGUUUGUCAUUACGUCCUUAAAGUCCUUUGAAUAAUUCGGAAAAAAGUGGUGGUAAAGCAGCACUCUGAGCAGAGGAAAUAAAAAUCCUUCGAUUCGAUUAGAAUUUGUAAACGAAAAAAGUGAAAAAAUAUUUUUGUAUCCAUGUUUUCCAACUGCAACUGCGGUGCCAUAUUUUUCAACGCGCUCCAGGAGAGAUAACGUCACUUAUCGUGAAAGUCGAAAGCGUCGCUUUUUAUUUAUAAAACGCCGCACGACUGUUCAACGAGAAUUGAAAACGAGGAGGGGGAAAAGAUAGGAAAGAAGGGAGGACGAGAUUGUGCCAAUGCAGCGAGUCAUCGUUGUGUACAAAUAAACAAGCAUAGAGCGAGACCGAAGCACUUAGUUCUGUCCGAACUACCGUGGAGGCGUAAUCCGAGUGAGGAUUGCGCAGUAUCAUCGCUAAGGCGGUAUUAAAAUCUCGUAUUCGCGCUGAUAAUUUCGAGAUCGCGAUAAUGCCAGCUUGCAAGAGUGGUCCCGGCUACAGAAGCCCACUUUCGGCGAUGCUCGAAGGACCGCGAGAAAAAAUAUUGUACGUCGUUUGUCCGCACACCGACCCGAAUAAGCCGGACGUUCUCGCGACCGUCGAUGUCGACGCCUCCAGCCCAACUUACUGUCAGAUCGUGCACAAGCUACGAAUGCUUCACGUCGGCGACGAGCUCCAUCACUCGGGAUGGAACGUCUGUUCGAGCUGCCACGACAAGCCUCGCAAUCGCGACACUUUGGUACUCCCGUCUUUGAUGUCGGACAGAGUUUAUUUCGUUGAUACGAGCGACGAGACAAAUCCAGUGAUAAAAAAGGUUUUAGAGCCCGAGGAAAUGCACAAAGUCGGCUUAUCGACGCCUCACACUUCCCACUGCGCCCCGACCGGCGAAAUCAUGAUAUCGACGAUGGGCAAACCGAACGGUGACGGUUUGGGCGAUUUCCUGUGUGUCGACAGCGAAACGCUCCGAGUCAAGGGCACUUGGACGGAGGGCGAAAAAAAAGCUCAAUUCGGAUACGAUUUUUGGUAUCAGCCACACCAGGAUGCUCUCGUUUCCACGGAGUGGGGCGUGCCUCGAGUUUUCAAAGGUGGCUACGCCCCCGGACACAGCGAGGAUCCUGCUAUCUACGGUCGAAGUUUGAACUUUUACUCGUGGAACGAUAAGAAACUCGUUCAAACGAUAAAUCUCGGUGACGAGGGGAUCGCUCCGCUGGAGAUACGAUUUCUGCACGAACCGACGGCCGCCGAGGGCUACGUCGGGUGCGCCGUGCCUGCCAAUGUUCAUCGAUUCUUCAAGAACGAAAAUGGCGCUUGGGAAACCGAGAAGGUUAUCGACGUGCCCGUUAAGAAAGUCGAAGGAUGGAUGGCUCCGCAAAUGUCGGGAAUGAUCACUGACAUUCUGCUCAGUCUCGACGACAAGUACCUCUACUUUUCGAACUUUUUGCACGGCGACGUCAGACAGUACGACGUUACGGAUCGUCGGAAACCGAAAUUGGUCGGUCAAGUAUUUCUCGGCGGUUCCCUACUCUCAGACUCGAACGUGCGCGUCGUCGAUGACGAGGAAAUGAGCAGCCAGCCUGACCCGAUUUUCAUUAAGGGUCGCAGACUGUACGGUUCACCGCAAAUGCUGCAAUUGAGUCUCGAUGGCCGGAGGCUCUACGUCUCAACUUCCAUUUUCAAACCGUGGGAUAAACAAUUUUAUCCUCAACAUGUCGAGCACGGCUCGACGAUAGUGAAAUUGGACGUUGACGUCGAAAAUGGCGGCAUGAAACUCGACGAGAACUUCCUCGUCGAUUUCGGUGCUGACAAAAACGAUAUUUUACUAGCUCACGAAAUGAGAUACCCCGGAGGAGAUUGUACUUCGGACAUUUGGCUUCCAUGAAAGUUGAUCUUCCACGAAAGAAGCCCAACAUACGAGUGAUUUUUUAUUAAAAUGAAUACACUAAGAAACGCAAGUUCUCUCGAAUUGAUUAAAUAAAAAAAAGGUCGACUCGACCGUUGGAUGGUUUCGUCGGGAUGUUUAUUUCGUCCAAAGUAUGAAAAUGAAUUGAACUCAAAGCCAAAGUAUCGAAAAAUGCACGUACUUGACCACUCAAAAUAGGUUAAACCCGAAGAAUGGCGAUUUUACGAUGCACGGAAGAAAAAAAUGCUGCCUCAUGAAUGCUGGACGAGACAACAAUGACCGGAAGUUCGUGAAAGCAAAGUAAUCGUGCGCGGCUACUGCAGCGCCACUAUUCCGAAAGUACCUGCAGCACUAAUCGAAAAACGUAAAAGAACAUGCAGCACAAAAAAACGAAAUGUGAAUGCUAUUUUUUACCAACGGAACGUAAGAAAGCUAAGCGAAGGUUCUUCACUCGUUGCAAUAUGUAAUAAUAAUAAUGGGGGACUUUAAAACGCUGCAGAAUCGAUCGUCUCGCACCUGCCAUCACACUUGAGACUCGAGACCUCUCUACGCUGACUCGAGAACUCUCUUUUCGACACCCUGCGAAGCGAGUCACGCGAUUCGACACCUGGCACGCGUUCGCCAAUGAAAAAAUAAAUGUGAAAAAAAAAAACAAAUGGCACGCAACGAUUGUCUCUCGGAUUAAAUUCGUUACGCAUCUUCUUGCAUCUGGCGAGAAAUUUUUCGAAUAACUCACCAUUUCGUUCCAACCUUUUUUUCAUUCUUAUUCCACGGACCAUCCCUCACGUCACACUUUAGUCACUUUUAUAUUGGAUGAAAAUUAUUUUUCGAAAAUCUAACCUAAAAACUUAUGUGUCAAACAUUCGAAUAACUGAUGCGACCAAAGAUUCUUUAUACGCGACCACAAUAAAGCUCGUGAUGCAUUAUUAUUAUUAUUCAAUAGAAAAUUAGAAACAAAAUUUCAGAAAACUGAUUUUCUUGAAUGAAUCCCCAAGUAACAGCAUUGUUCAGGUAGUGUUUUGGCUAAAACAGUAUAAACUCUUGAAAUAACCUUAAACUGAAAUGACGUCACGCAGGAAAGUGUGGGAUCAUUUUUUGUUUCAACGAAUAUUUUCCGGUUUUAGCUAUGCAAAAUACUCGACCACAAAGCAUUUACAUACGUAUACUUAUAGUACACCGCGCGUGAUCGCAAUCUGCGAUAAUCGUAGUCAUGUUAUAAAGUAUUUUCAAGUGCCCCUUAUCACGAACACCCACGCUCAAUGUUCCCCGUCGUUCCUGUAUAAAAGUUUAUAACUCCUAUAAAUAGACGAUUACGACAAA